AUGACCAGUGACGAUCAGUUCUUUUUCGACUACCUUGCCUCUAUACCCCAUGACGUAAGGCGGUACUCCGAGCAAGUCGCCGACUCGAUCGACCGAUCAGUCGACCAUGCAGCGAACGCUAUCCGAAAUACUCUGUCUGAACAGACAUGGUUACCGUCUUCUGUGCGGCCGCCGAUGCGCGCCUCUCAGAUGCGGUCAUCGCCCCACGGCCUGACCGACCGAGUUCAGGACUGGAUGAUUCGAAAUCGCGCCUGGACCGCGGCUGUCCUUGCGUUUCUUGGGACGGGCUGUGUUUUGCUAUAUGGAAACAGGAAACUGAAUGCGAAACGGAGAAAGGCUAGAAAGGCCGGUAAUGGGGCUCGGAAAGAGAUUGUUGUUGUUGCUGGAUCACCUCAUGAGCCCAUGACGAGGGCGAUCGCGACUGAUCUAGAGCGCCGGGGAUACAUCGUCUAUGUGACAGUGUCAUCUGCGGAUGAGGAGCACAUCGUGCAAUCCGAGAACCGGACCGAUAUCAAAGCGCUCUGGCUGGAUCUGACCACCACACCCUCGAAUCCUUCAGACCUCCACCCUUCCCUACACGAGCUGCGCACUUUGAUCACCCAACCGCAAUGCCCUUCCCCGGGAAUGCCCUCGCAUAAUUGUCAACUAAGCGGUAUCAUCAUCGUGCCAUCGACAAACUACACCGCAGGCCCCGUCGCAACCAUCCCACCUUCCUCAUGGGCAGACACCGUCAACACCCGCCUCCUUUCUCCAAUUCUCACUGCGCAGGCUUUCCUUCCCCUCUUGACCCUCCGUAACAACAGCAGCACCAUCGUAUUCGCUUACCCAGCCAUCUCCUCAUCCUUAUCCGCCCCCUUUGCCGGCCCAGAGGUCACCGCCACCAGCGCCAUCUCCGCCUUUGCAGCUUCCCUACGACAAGAGCUCCGGCUUCUCGAGCGUGGGAACGUCGAUGUCGUUGAACUCCGCAUGGGUAACAUUGACCUGGGUCCUGCUUACCGUUCCCACCAGAGCCAAGUUGCUGGAACGGAGGUACUGGCCUGGAGCGUCCAGCAGCGCGCCCUUUACGCUCCCCAGUACAUGUCGAGCAUUGAGCAGCGACCUGUCGCAUCUGCUGGCCCUGGUGCCAUGCGGGGUUCUUCGGCACGGUACCUUCAUCACGCUGUGAUGGAUGCGCUGGAGCCCACGACCGUGAAUUUCCUCGGGCAAAAGAAGUCCAAGAAGGCAGUCAUGUAUGUGGGCCGGGGCGCCCGGUCCUAUAGCGUGAUUGGCGCUUGGUUUCCGAGUGGACUAGUUGCUUUGAUGAUGGGUUACCACACUGGCCACCCAGGCAAUGUUAGCCCCAGCAGUGGCAGUGAAACCAGCUAA